CCCAACCCAUCAGGCUGACUUCCCACGGUCAACAGGAGUCCUCACCCUGGGAUCAUUCUGCAAGCCCCAUGGCUCCAGCUCCCAGCUUCCGUGGACACCAGUGGACUUACAACCCUGUCCAAGGGUCCUGCCUGCUGCUGCUGCUGGUCAUGUCAAAUCUGCUCCUGUGCCAAAGCAGAACAUGCUCGUUCUGCUGUCCUGACGUGUUUGACAUCCCCCUGGAAUCCCUUAGAAACCUGUUUCUCAAUGCCACCAUGUUGUCCCAUGACAUCGCUAUCCAUUCCAGCAUAAUGUUCACUGAGUUUGAUGAAAAAUAUGCCCAGGGCAAACAGUACGAUAUCAAUGCCAAGAGCUGCCAUACCGAUUCCCUCCCUACUCCUGAAGAAAGAGAACAAGCCCUAAUGAUAAACAAUGAAGACCUGAGUAAGUGGAUAAUCAUGUUACUGUACUCCUGGAAUAGACCUCUGAAUCAUCUAGUUACAGAGCUGCGGAAUAUGAAAGAAGUCUCAGAUACUAUCCUAUCAGGUGCCAGACAAAAUUUGAAAAAAGUACAAGAACUUCAAGAAUUCAUAGAGAGGCAAUUCAGCCAGAUUAUUUUUCCAGUAAGGCGGCUGACCGAGGCUAAAAUAUUCUGGUCAGAACUUCCAUCCCUGGUGUCCAGCGAUGAAGAUAUUCGUCAUUCUGCAUUUUAUAACCUGUUCAAGUGCCUGCAGAGGGAUUCACAUAAAGUUGACAUGUACACCAAGAUCAUGUUGUGCCGAAUCAACAACACGUGCUAAAUCCAAAUCCAUCCUAUCCAGCUCUGAGGUGGUGGUAAUGUUCUAUCCCAUAGCAAGCUUCUUUAAAAUUUAUAGUUUUUUAAUGCAUGCUCUGUGAAAUGGGUCUCCUCUAAAAAAAAUAAACACAGACUCUGUAGAGAUGUCAAAAUCUA